GCAUCUCUGAUUGGUCACCACGCUGCACCCGGGGCAGCGGACCCCGGGCAGCCGCCGCGAGGCUGAGGUUCCGAUCUAGAAGCUCCAGGAGAAGCGAACGCUGCUUCUUGGCAUCCGCGCCUGAUUGGCCGUUCCCAGGAGGGCCAUCGUCCAAUCAGGAAGGGAGGAAGAAGGCGCGAGCUUGCCCCCUGCAGUCGGCAUCUCUUCGGGGACCAGCAGGACGAGGGACUGUCGCUGCGAAAGGCUCCCUACGCCGUGCCCUCGCCCCCGGCCCCGGACACCCACACCCCGCAGCUGGAGGCCCGGAGAAGAGUCGGUGACUAGGGGUUCAGAACGUGGGGCGCGCAAGGCCGCAGAGUGAAGAUGUUCUACUACCCGAACGUGCUUCAGCGCCACACUGGCUGCUUUGCCACUAUCUGGCUGGCAGCAACAGGCGGCAUGAGGCUAGUGAAGCGCGAGUACCUGAAGGUGGACGUGGUGGAGACAUGUGAGAAGAUCCUGAAGUAUAUUCUGGUGCAAGUGCAGUCGUCUUUGCCAGGUGUCCCCAGGCCCCGCUUCUCCCUUUACCUCUCUGCCCAGCUGCAGUUCGGUGUUAUUCGCGUCUAUUUCCGCCAAUGCCAGUAUCUUGUGGAGGAUAUCCAGCAUAUCCUGGAGCGCCUACACCGAGCCCAGCAGCAGAUCCGCAUUGACAUGGUGGAUCCCGAGGUACCCGCUCUCCUACUACCUGACCCCCUGACCACAAUGGAGACCUUGGAAGAUGCCCUUGACCCCUUCUUUGGAGUGAUGGCCAUUGACCCUCACCUUCCUAGUCCCCUGGAUAUCCCCCAGGUUCGACAACUCUUGGAAGCCCCAACUCCUGAGAGGGUUUCUAAAGAGAGCCCUCCUCAGAUCUACCGCCCACCCAGGAAGUCAGACAAAUCCCCCAUCACUGUCCUGCUUCCUGAAACUAUCACCCUUCAGGAGGCAGAGCCAAUCCAUGUGCUGCACAUUGAGGGUGAACAGGACCUACCAGAAAUCUCCCAUCAUGACCUGGAUCUGCUGAUGGCUGCAGAGGACGAAGCUAUUUUGUCUGAGGAAAAGGCCAAGAUCUACCCUCCCCAGGAGCAGCUUGAGACCCAAAUAUCUUAUGUCCCAGAUGCUGGAGAGUCGGUGGAAGUUUCCCGGGUCCCCGAGAGAGAAAUCACUCCUAGGGUGUCACCCCCACCUCAGGCAAGGAUCCAGGAGGUGGCAGAACCCCUCUUAGAGAAGGAGCUAGUCCCUGAAGAAUCUGAGUCACUGAUUCCAGAAGCUGGUCCUCCGCUCUCAGAAGAGAUUCCAGCUACAGAACUACUUCUGCCUGGGAUGCCCAGCCCUUUGGGACCUCCAGUUCGUGUCCCCAGCAGCCCUGAAAUGAUUCUUCCUGAUCUGUCCGCACCACCUCAGCCUCCACCCUCCCGCCGCCCGCACCGGUUGCAGCUGUAUGAUGAAGAGACCCAGAUUAGUCGAGAGGAAUUCCAAAAACAAGUUCUACAAACCCAGGCCCACACCAGAGCUUGUCCAAUGGUCCAGCCUUCCAGUCAGAUGAAGAGUCCAUCAGAGCUGCUAAGAACUCCAGUUUACCCUGGAUGGCUACACCCAGAACUACUUAGUCUCUGGACUCGCUGUGCCCGGGUCCCCCCAAAGGAGCUCCGAUAUCGGCAACCCCAAGAGCCAGAGUCUGUAAUUGAGCAGUUAGAGGAAAGGCGAAAGGCUGAGACUAUCAGUGAAAUCGAGAUUCUUCGAGAUAUCCAAGAGCCCAGUGGUCCCCUACUACAGUCUUCAGAACUCUCCUUGGAGACUACUGAGGAAGAGCGAUCCCGUCUCAGUUUCAUUCCUCCUGAAGAGAGGUGGGGCUUAGGUGAGGUGGAAGUGGAGGUACCUGUGCUGCCUGUGGUUCCUGAACUACCAGAAGUGCCUGAACUCCCCUUGCAGCUGGCCCCAGAUGAGCAACUUCUCUCCCCAGAGGCCUUGCAAAGGGCUAUCACAGUGGAGUUACAGGCUUCUGGACAAAUAGACUUCAACAACCUCAUUCCUCCCUUUGCCCCUCGUUUGGUGGCUGCUCGGGCCUUCUACUUGCUUCUUGUGCUGUCUACGCAACAGGUUGUGUAUGUGGAGCAAGAGGAACCCUAUGGCAGCCUCCUCAUCCGGCCAGGGCCUGGGAACCGCCGCCAUUAGAGACCCUUCUCUUUGAAUGUGGCAGAAGACAAAACAUAUUUACUUGCUGUAUGAUAAACCCUAUGUUUCCCUGUUACCCACCCACAAGCAACAGUUCAUCCAAAAUAAAUGGAUUUUAUUCAAAUCAGAAGU